AUGGCGACUCUUCCGUGGACGCCGGCGACCGCGGCGGUGCACCAGUACCUGAUGGCCGCGCUCUCCCACCGCGGAGCGGCUGCGCUUCCAUACACUGAGGAAGCCAGGUGGACGAUCCACCAUCAUCUCGCAGCCCUGUCCCACGCGUUCCCCACCCUCCGACCCACCGCCGGCCACUUCACUCACAACGACGGCCGUGGCGCCACCCUCCUCCGCGCCGAGGGCACCAUCCCCCUCGCAACGUCCUCCUCCGCCUGUCUCUCGAUUUCCAUCUGGCUCCUCGAGGCCUACCCCAACCUGCCGCCGGCCGUGUUCCUCUCGUUCCCUCCGGGCACGGCCGUCAAGCCGCGCCAUCCCCUCGUCGACCCCUCCGGCUCCGUUUCCGUCCCUUAUCUCCGGUCCUGGAUCUUCCCUUACUACAACCUCGUCGACCUCGUUCGGUCUCUCGGUCAGCUCUUCAGCCAAGACCCGCCCUUCGCCAUCUCCCCGAGCGCCAUCCACGACGCCAAGGCCAGAGAGACCGCCAAGGUCGUGGAAGCAGUGCAACGGCACCUGGCGGCGGCAGGGAAGAGCCACACGGCGGAGAUGGAGGCUCUACUCGACACGCAGACGCAGCUCAAACGGAGGAAAGCGGAGAUCGCCCGCGGGUUGACAAGAUUGGAGGAGGAGAAGGAGCUGCUGGAACAGCAGCUCCAGAUGCUGAUCAUGAACUGCGACGUGAUGGAGAGUUGGGUGGCGAAGAACCACAGGAGGCCGACAGCGAGCUUGGACGGCGUGUUCGAGCCGUCGAACGCUCACUCGAGGCCGGCGAUGGAGUGCGUGGCCGCGGACAUGGCGGCGGAGGACGUGAUGUAUGCGUUGGAUGAGGCGUUGAGGGAGGGAUGUGUUCCUCUUGAUGUUUACUUGAAGAGUGUGAGAACCACGUCGAGGGAGCAGUUCUUCCACCGAGCCAUCUCCGCGAAGCUUGCUCCACCUCAGUUUGAGCUCGAGAAUUAA